GUGCUGAGAACUAGCUACAAAUAUGAGUCGGUAGGACCGAUGAGCGAGGGGAAGAUAAAGACAAGCUGACGCGCUCAAAGGGCACUUGAAAAAUGCCGAUGCUUCCUGAGUUGCAGGAUCUAUGCAUAUUUCUGCUGUAUAUUGGGACCGGGUCCGUCUAUACAAUCGGCUUGACAGGAUGAAUGGAUGAGGCGUAUAAAGGCGACAAGCUAAGCAGCAGAGAUAAACCACCCAACGACUGGACCUUCUCUCAGUCAGCUACCUAUUCUCCAAAUCUCUUUCGACCAAACAGUUCGCCGUUCUUCAUUCAUCAUCAUGAGCGGGUUCUCCGACCAUGUCGUUUACAAGCCCAAAUAUGGUGACGCCCUCGUCAAGUCUGGUCGAACCACCAUCUAUUAUUCCUAUGCGAAUGAGGCAUUUUACGCCGCCAAGGACACCUAUCUUAUCGACACUACUUGGGUGUACAAGAUGUACUGGGAGAACAACACAAACGCGACGCAGCAGUACUCCCUCAAGUAUACGACGGGGCUCAAAGUUACCCAAGGCUCUGAGGUUACCGUCUCCGUUGGGAUCGCAGCUUCUUACGAGGGCUUGUCGAUGUCGAUGGAUGCUUCAUCGAAGGUAUUCUCGUCUUACGAGACGACGCAGAGUGUCGAGAAAACGAUAACCUUGAACAUCCCUCCCAAGUCGUCGCUGACGUUCUAUCAGAGGAAAUAUCGGUUCAGAGACACGAUGUUCUUCAUCUUGGAUGCGUGGGGCGAAGAAUGGAAUGCUGGUUCCUGGGGGGGAUAUACUAUCACGAGGAAGCCGUGCGAAGUGGAGAUUAUGAGCGAGGACUAUCUUACUGUGGACACGGCAUUGGAUGCUUCCACAACGGGCACAAUGACCAUGCCGACGGUUGGCAGGGCCGACUUAGAGUCUCGCAGGGCGACGCGGAAGCGCGAGAAUCUUACUGAGUGGGCGAAGGGUGAUCUUUCUAGGAUGGGCCUAUAAAGUCUCGCGCCGAGUCGAUGAGUAUCCUUUUGAAGUGAAUAUCCUCCAAUUGCCAGUUUCUGUCUGCUCUAUGUUCUUUUUUCUUUGUUACGAUUUCAAGUCUUCACUUUUUGC